UCAAUCCUUGGGACGAGCCCGGUCUGCCUGAACCGAGAUUCCUUCGUCCGUCCACAACCCCAAAGCUUAGGGUUUUUUGGAGCAGCAUUAGACGGAGACGAGCAAGGCGGCAGCAGAAAGCCUCCUUCCUCCUCCUUCCCCGCUCAUCUUGCUAUCAUUCUCCUCUAUCAUCACCGUCCUCCUGUUCUUUCUCAUUAACCAAUCAAUGGCGGGCGCUGCAACAACCGAAUUAUCUUUUUCUUCUUCUUACCGGAUGAUCAGUCGCGAGGCGGUGGGGAAGGCGGUGGACGCCCUCCUCAAGUGGAUGCGGUCGCGGACGGAGCAGCAGCAGAAAGCCCAGCUCCUCGACCCGGACGACGACCUUCUCUACCUCGUCCUCACCCUCAAGCGCAUCCCUCCCAAGUCCCGCAUUAACCCCUACCGCAUCCCCCUCCCUCACCCCCUCCACGACCUCGCCUCCACCUCCGCCUGCCUCUUUCUUGACGACCGCGAUCGCUCCGGCCGACGUCGUUCCUCCUCUUGUCUCACCACCGCCGCCGCCGCCCUCGAUCGCGCCCGCUGCCUCUCCCUCCCUCUCUCCGACGCCAUCCCGCUUUCCGCCCUCGCCGCCGACUACCGCCCCUUCGAGGCCCGCCGCCGCCUUUGCGACUCCCACGACCUCUUUUUCGCCGACCGCGCCGUCCUUCCCCUCCUCCCUCGCCUCCUCGGCAAGCACUUCUUCAAGAACAAGAAGCUCCCCCUCGCCCUCGACCUCUACCGCCCCGGCUGGCCCGAGCAGCUCCGCGCCUGCCUCCACGCCACCCUCCUCCACCUCCGCGCCGGCUCGUGCAGCGUCCUCAAGGUCGGCCGCCUCUCCAUGUCCCGCGACCAGAUCGUCGACAACGUCAUGGCUGACCGAGGGGCCAUGGCGCAUGUGCCCAAGACGUGGGCCAAUGUGCGCUCGCUCCAUGUCAAGGCGGUCAACUCCGUCGCCCUUCCCAUCUACCAGGCGGUACCCGAGCUGGGCCUGAAGAUCGAGGUGCCUGUGCCUCGCGUGCCUCAGAAGAAGGAUGAGAUGGAGAAAAGAUGCUGCUGA